AUGUAUUACCUGAAAGUGGCUAUCUGCUGUGCCAUCUUGGCCACAGCGUACUCCCACAGGGAGUACAAGGAACCUCCUCUGGAUGUCACUAAGGCCAUGUCGGAGUUUCUGCAGCUUCACCAAAGCCAUUACGAUGAGAGGCUAAGGAUGUGCGAGGACACAAUAGACAACUUCCGGAGAGCAUUCAGUAAGGACAUCCAGGCCGUGAAGGUGCAGAGCGAGCUGUUGCAGGCCAAGGUGGAGGAGGCCUGGGCCUGGAUAAGGCCAUACGAGAAGAUUGAUUCCUGGCACCGUCAGUGCGUGGCCAACUACAGUGCGGUGCUGCCUUCGGUCAGCCAACUUCGGGCUUCUAUGAACACCUGCGGGGUUGAGGUGUAUCUGGAUGGGAUCAUAAGUAGUGCCCGGAAUAGUUGCAAUAAUAUCAAAAGAUAUUCCACCUACAUUUUGACCAAUCACAAGAAUACCUGCGAGAGAAACCACAGAAAGUCGCAAUUGGGUUUCAACACUUGCCUUAAGAAAGCGGUUAUCCCGCUUGAUGUCGAAGUCGCCAAGAGCUGGAAUGACUUUCAAAGGCUUAUCGGAGAGGCAGAGUCUAAUGCCAGAAAUCGCAUAAGAACCUCUCGGCAGUGCGCCUUCAACACGAUAUUUACCACCAGCUACAACAUCGGGAUAACAAGGCGACUUGUCGUCGAUUGCAUAGCCAAUGAACACAUCUGCGGCAGGAGCUCUUGCUCAGCGAGGUGCCCCCAUCAAAUGUAUGUGGGCGUCAAGGACGGUGAUUUCAAGGAUUUGACCAUAAGGAAUCCCAACAGGGAUCUGGGUUGCUUGGAGUUGAGAUUCAAGUAA